AUGUGCUGUGAUGUCCUUCCUCAUCGUUCGCGUGGCUGGUGCGCUUUGGACGGAGCGCUGCACUGCGUGCGAUUGGCUUCACCUGAUACGAGAGCGUCUCCCAUGUCAGCGCUGGUGUCGCUUGUCCAACGGGCGGCUGCCAUCACGAGGCCGUAUAAUUCACAGGAUGCGCUCCUACUGAUUAGGGCACUAAGCGCGCUGCGGCUUAGCCGUCCGGAGGUGAGGCUUAUAUGCGAGAAGGCCAGCUUCUCGCUGGCCUCCUCGACAGCGGAGGUGCCCGCAGCGGCUUUGGUAGACGCUGUGAAUCGUCUCUGCACGCUCCAGUCUGCGCACCUUCCCGUCGUGCAGCGCGUUCUGUUGAAACGCUUUUGUGAACUCCAGAGCGAGUGCGGCCCACAAAGAUCCUUCUACCCGACACCGACGUCAUCGCUCCCCGUAGAUCCGCGCACUGCUCAGAAGGCGGCGCUUGUGCUUGCCAAGCUGGGCCGCACUGCGGGGCAGGCGGAGGCUACUGAGCACGUGCUUCGGCUUCUCCAUACGCUGCUGGAGCACAGGCCUGAUGAUGCCGGUCUGCACAUCGCAUACGUCGCUCUUUACGUCAACUCUUUGAGCUACACGACGCAGCUGCGAUGGUGGGCGACGACGGCACCGCUCAAGCGAUCCGUACAGACCCUCCAACGCAGUGUUCAUUUUUUGCUCAAGAACCGACAGACACUCAAACGCGCGUCGGGCAAUGUUGCAUGGCAGCUGCUGCACCUGUUGCUUGUGAUACCUCCCUCGACGCAGUUGGCAAUGACAUCGCAAGGGAGCAGUGCACAUCUUCUGCACGGCCAACAAGGCGAAGGCUUUGACAGCUACUUUGCUUCCGGCGCGCUGGCGCAAAAGGUGAGCGCCGGGGCCUACGUGCAGUUCGUGCACUCCUUCGGCACAGACGUGUGCCAGUUAGACCUGCAGCGGACAGCCGCCCUCCUGAAGCCACUUGCAAGACCAAAAAAGGAGGCUGCUUCCGCAGCGCCGCACACACAAAAGCGGUUGAACGUGUACGACGCAACAAAGUUGGCGAGCGCAUUGGCGGCCAUGUUCUCAGUGCUUGCAACUCAUCCGUCGCGUUCGGCCUCCUUUGCCGCUCUCGGAGGCCCACGGGAGCAGCAUCCUAGCGCCGAAGCUUCUCAGGCAAGCCACCAAGCCUCUGUGGGCGCACAUGAAGCGUGGCGCAGGGUCGUGCAGCUUUGCUUCACAAUACUGUGCAACUUGGUGGAAUGCGAGCAGGCGCGCCUCCGCAACACCCACGCCAACGAUGACGUCCUGAUGGACACGGUGGUUUCCCCGGAUCGAUUCCUCGUUGCAGCGCUGCUCGACAGCUACACACGGGGCUGCGUUGUCUUGCUCGAGUCUGCCGAGGCACCGAGAGGCAUGCGCGACACCGCCUCGCCGUGGCCGAUGCUUUCAGCCUCCAUCUCUGCGCUUCUGGAAUUCGUGCCGCAGCUGUCCGAGACGCCGCCGACCAUGAUAUCGUGGAUGCUGCGAUCUCUUGCUUCGCUGAGGCGGCGAGGCAACGGCGCCGACGGCGAUCAGCUCGAGCGCAGCGCUGCCUUUCUCCUUCGCCAGUAUGUCUGCGUUCCGUCGAAGAAACGGUGCUUGCGCUCGGACGUAGAGACGCUGUACGCUUACGCGUGUCUUCUCGGCUUGAAUGACGACUCUAACGCCAGCAGAAGCUACUCCACCACCACCGCAACCGUGACGACGCUCAUGAAGCCACCGUCUCACCGGCUUCCACCGCUCUCUGCCCUUGAUCCAAUCGUUCGCGAAAUCGCGUCACGCCUGCGUGCGAGCCCGUUUGCCGCCGCCGACGAGCCGCAGACGGCGAAUGCGGACAUGCUGCUUGCGGCACUCCUUCAUCUUUACAAGAAGACGCUCUCCGCCCCAGCGGCAAUGACGGACGUCUCUAAGGGGACGAUGGAGCUCCUGCCGCUUCUCGAUGAGUUGCAGAGCACCCUCGCCGCAUACUAUUGUGACAGAGUUGUGGGCACACCAAGUGUGCCGAUGAAGGAUGAUGUGACGGUGCGCGCCGCGCGUCUGCAUGUGGUGGCGGCCCUUUUGCGUAGUCCACAGUUUUCUUCUUGCCGCUCUGGCGCUGCGUUGGCGAGGGCGGCAGAGCGGACCGCCGAGCAAGUGACGAUGAUCGGGGCACCUGUGACCUCGUCGUCGAUGUUGCGUGUUCUCGCAGUGCUGGCGCGCGGCCAACUCACUGGGGUGGCGGCCUCAUUGCCCCCGACGUCCUUCGACGCCGCCCUUCUCUACACCCUGUGUCAUCGGUAUCAGCAAUACAUCAACGAGAUUGUGCAGACGGGCGGGCGGCGCGAGCACGUAUCCGAGGUGGUGCGCGUCUUGUGGCGCGCGCGGCAAGCCGGUGUGCAACUCGUCUUCGCGGAAGCGGCAGACCAGGACGUCCUGUUUGACGCCAGCAGUGUUGUUGAGGGCGGUAAUGCUAGUCAGCUGCAGCUCUGGUUCCCUGCCAGCCUGUGCCGCCUUGAGCACCUCACCUGCUGUGCCGCAGUCGAUCUGUUGCAGCUUAUCGCGGAGUCGCAGCUGAGAAGUCCAGCACUGGUGCAACUCCAGCCUCACACUGUCCUUCACCUGCGCAUGACACUUUUUGAGCAGUUGACGGUGACUGCGGAUGUGGAGUGCAUCACACGACUCCUGCAGUCGAACGCGACGGCAGCGGUCUCGCAGGUGCUCUUGCCGGAAAAGGAAGAUUUGCUUUGUGUGGUGCGCUGUGUAGAUGUGUGUGUGUCCAGUCUACUAGACUCUGCGCUGAAGGGGACAAGUGAGGAAGCUGCCAAGACAUCCCGACACGGCAACCUUCGAGAGCAGGCGGGUAGAUUUCUUCACGCUCUCGUCGAGUCGCAGUUGCUGAUCCGCGUUCCCGAGAUCGUCUCGAGCGCGGAGGGUGGCGGGCUGCGACGGCGGAUGCUGGAACUCGCGCUGUACCUGGAGACCAGCGCGCGCGAAGCAGACGCGAUCGCAGUGCUCAAGAUGAGACUCUUUUGCAGUGAAGUUCUGUGA